CAAGCGCCUCCUUGUUCACAUAGUUACAAGUGAGCGCUUAAAGCAAUCCGAGUUAGUAUGUAGUAACAAAUCCAACUUUUACUCUCACUCUCCAGUGAUAUGUCAGAUUAACUCAACAUGUCAAUGAAGAGCUUGAAGUCCUCAAAGUUCACCUUCCAGUCAUCUGUGCACAGUUCCCAUGUUCUCCAAUGUCUAAAUGAGCAGAGGAAGAAAGAUCUUCUCUGCGAUGUGACUGUUGUGGUGGAAAACCAGAGUUUCCGGGCCCACUGUGCAGUUCUGGCCUCCUGCAGUGUUUUUUUUAGCGCCCGGGUGUCCAGUCAUACAACACCUCAAGGCCUUGUCAUCAACCUCCCCGAUGAGGUGACUGCAGAGGGAUUUGAACCCUUAUUGGAGUUUGCCUACACCUCAAAACUCAUCUUUACCAAAGAGAAUGUGCUGGAAAUUCGUAACUGUGCUUCUGUCCUUGGCUUCAAGAACUUGGACAAAGCCUGCUUUGACUUCCUUCUCCCUAAGUUUUUUGACAGCAGCAGAAGUGCUUCAACAGUCCCGAGGAAGCAAUGCUGCAAGACCAAAUGCUGCAGAUCACGAGACACUGAGUUGAGCCUGAUUAACAAAGAGGACGUCAAUGAUGAUGGCAAAUCUUUACUUCAACCCUCACAGUUUCAGUUCAAAGAAAAGGAACCAACUUGCCCAUCCUCUGCACCCAUUGAGGAUGCACCAGGAAGCUGUCACAAUGUUCAAAGUGAGAAUAACAUAGACUACUCCCUCCUAUGCCCAAAGUACCGGAAGUUUCAAAUAGCUUGUGGGAAGGAGCGAUCCUGUCUGGAUGUCUGUGGCUUGGAAACAUCCCCUGUUUCCCUCGAGAAGACGGAUGAUAACUGUUCCCUAGUCUGCUUUCCCUACUCAAGCAAUGAAUACAUCAAGGAGAUCUCAAAAUGCAGUAAAACAUCUCUCAAUGAAGAUGAAGAUUCGCUACUGUCAAAAUAUUGUGCUCCAUCUAUUUGUGGUCCUUGCAGUCCUUGCAUGGGCCAGCCAUUAUUACAAGACUGUAGCAAGUCAACACAGUCCAUUUGUGUCUCAGAAGUCUCUGCUAAACAGGACAUGCCCUUUUGCUCAGAAAUGAAUGAUGCUGAAAGCACUGUUAGGUGUAAAAGUGACAUGGAGAAUUGCUUUCCUGACCAAAGCAACACCCUGAGAAGUAAAGAGGAAAUAGAGGUGGCCAGACAGCUCACUUUCUGGCCAGAUUUUUGUCCCAUCCAGGGAUCUCCGUCUGGCUUGGGCUUGGUGGGGAAACCCUCAAACUUCAAUUGUCUGAAGAGCUGGCAUCUGGAUCCCAACGCUGAGGAGUGUCCCUUCCUGCAGGAUUUUGGUGCAGUGGGUGCUCAACUACAUGAUGGGGAGGGUGGAUCUAUGUCACAGGGGAGUCCAUACGUACCGUCCAACCAAUCAGGGGAGGACUCUGAUAGUUUUGACACAGAGGGGGACAGUGAGUCUUACAGCAGUGAACGAGUAUGUGAGAUUGCACUGCCGCUCUCUGUGCAGCAGAUCGUGUCUUUAAGCAGGAAUGACUUCCAGCAGAUGCUGAAGCAACAGUGCUUGACUCGGGAGCAACUCGAGGUCGUGCACGACAUUCGCAGACGAAGCAAGAACCGUAUUGCAGCUCGACGCUGCCGCAAGAGGAAACUUGACUGCAUAUAUAACUUGGAGUGUGAAAUCGAGAAACUGAGGAGUGAACGAGAGAAGCUGACAGGUGAGAGGAUGCAAUUGAAUCAGAUGAAGGGGAAGGUCUGGCAGAGUUACUCAGGCCUGUAUGAGAGGGUCUGUGCUGAAGCCGCCCUUAGACCCGAACAGCUUCAGAUACUGGCCAAAUAUUCCUCUCCAGACUGCCCAAUGUCUGCCUUCCUUUGCCCCACCUCAGACCACUCUCAGAGCACUGAACUUCAGCAAGCUUCAGGACUUCCUUCACACACCUGUUGCUCUGAAGAAAAACCAUCUAUUAGUUCCUCAAUGGAAUACACUGGUGAUGUUGCACAAUCAAGCUUGCAAAACCUGUUUCCCACAGGGUUUGUAGACGCUCCGUCACAUUGCUGUUCAACCGACACGUUGCUUUCGGAGAAAAGUGGGUGUUGUUCGAUUGUGAAACUCAGAACGGAUCUCAUUAGCAAAAAUGAAACUGACUAAUAGCAAAAUCAAACAUUUGCUGGUUAAAUAUGAACCACAGAAUAUUACAGACUCUUUCAUAUGUCUCAAACACACUGAAGGUGCAUUUAAGGAAUCACUACUAUUCCUUGUCUGAUCGUAGAUUUUACAUCUUUUUCUUUACUCAAAUCCUUUUAGCAUAGACUUGUAUAUUGUGAUAUAGGUCUCUUUUUUUUCAAUGUUAAAUGAAGUAUGACCUUAUACAAUAGUGCUUGUAGUCUUAAUACACAUGUUCUCCAAACAUCCUCACAUUCUCAUGGAAUCUGCCUCAUUCAACACUGUCAUCAUCAUUUUUGGACUCAAGAAACCUCAAGUUUGACAACUCAAUAAAUACUUUAGUUUUUCUUCUCAGGGGACAUACUGCCUUUGGAUUAUACUGUGUUUGUACUGUACAGUUCUUUACUGUUUUCUAGUAGAUAAGAAAAUGCCUGUAUUUGCUGAAGCUGUUCCACUUUGAGCCCAAUCAGUAGAUAAUGAUAAGCACAUUUAAACUGUACAAAACUUGCAGAAAUUAACCAGUGAUUCUGGGAUCAAACUCAGGUGUUCAGUACUGCACAUACUAUAGAUUCAUACUAGAGACACGGAUUCACUGAAUUGGUUCCUUUUCAUAUAAUUGAAGACUAAAUGUUUUCUAUCAAUUUGCUAAAAACCAUCAAAAAUGGUUACAUUUCUAUUGGUUUAUAUGUUGUCUACACAAACAGGCAGAUAACGGUUUUUGUAUUUGAUAUAAUAAAAUGUGUAUUA